AGAGAGCGUUAUACAGAUAAAGAGAAAAAGUUAUACAGAAAAAGAGAGAGAGCGUAAAGAGAGAGUUAUUCAGACAAAGAGAGAGAGCUUAAAGAGAGAGCAUUGUUCAGACAAAGAGAGAGAGUUUAAAGUGAGAGUGUUAUACAGAUAAAGAGAGAGAGCGUAAAGAGAGAGCAUUGUUCAGACAAAGAGAGAGAGUUUAAAGUGAGAGUGUUAUACAGACAAAGAGAGAGAGCGUAAAGAGAGAGCGUAAUACAGACAAAGAGAGAGAGCAUAAAGAGAGAGCGUUAUACAGACAAAGAGAGAGAGCGUAAAGAGAGAGCAUUGUUCAGACAAAGAGAGAGAGUUUAAAGUGAGAGCGUUAUACAGAUUAAGAGAGAGAGCGUAAUACAGACAAAGAGAGAGCAUAAAGAGAGAGUGUUAUACAGAUAAAGAGAAAGAGUUAUACAGAUAAAGAGAGAGAGCGUAAAGAGAGAGUGUGAUACAAAUAAAGAGACAGAACGUGAAGAGAGGUUUAAUACAGAGGAAGAAGCCAGGGUGCUACAAGUAACAAGUGUGUGCAACAAUGAACCAGUGGAGUCUGUGGGUACUGACCCUGCACACAAGCUUUUUAGGACAUUUGGUCAUAAGCAGCCAUGAAAGAGAAAGUCAUGAGGAUGUCCAUCCAAAAGGUCCUGCACAUUUUCACUGGAACUAUGAAGAUGAGUCUCACUGGGACGCACAUUACUCUUUCUGUGGGGGACGAGAACAGUCACCUAUAAAUAUUGAAACAAGAACCAUAAAAUAUAAUCCAAGCCUGAAACCGAUUCUUCUAUCUGGUUACAACAUGUCUUCAGGGGAAAUGUUAACCUUGAAAAACAAUGGGCACACAGUGGUCCUGGAUCUCCCAUCCAAUCUUGAAAUAAUUGGUGGUCUUCCUCAGACAUAUCGGGCAGUCCAGCUGCACUUUCACUGGGGCUCUAAAUCUAGUCCAGGAUCAGAGCAUACAGUCAAUGGAGAAAGGUUUCAUGGAGAGAUCCAUGUAGUUCAUUAUUCAACUGAGUAUGAAAAUAUUAGUGAAGCCCAAACUUACCCAGGUGGCCUAGCAGUUCUGGCAGCAUUUAUACAGGAAGGACCAGAUCAGAACCCCACAUAUGACCACAUUCUUUCAUAUUUUGAAGAGGUGAAUGAAGAUGAUAGACACUACUCAUCUAGACUGACAGAAUGUACGAAGCCAGUCACUGUUUAUCUAGAAUAUCAAACAGAACUAAGCACGCUGCACAGACACUACUCAUCUAGACUAACACAAUGUACCAAGCCAGUCACUGUUUAUCUAGAAUAUCACACAGAACCAAGCAGAGACACUACUCAUCUAGACUAA